AUGGGCUCCCAAGCCGACGCGUGUCUAUGUGAGCGCUCGUCCGCGCGUGCGAGGAGGACGGCGGCAGAGGGAAGAGGACGAAGCGUCCCCUCCCCCCACCCCCGCACACGCACACCGCGCCGGGGUCACGCACACACGCGCGUCGCACACGCCAAACGGAAUAGACGUAGGCCGCGGCCAUUAACAAAAUCGGCAGCGGGCCGCGCCGGCUCCCAGACGGCGUCCAAAAUAAACACUGAACGGGGCGAAGUUUUAUUGAAAUAUCCGUGCAAAGCUUACGCGGACGGCGUGGAAAUGAGGCGGGAGCUUUUCCGGGCGGACUCUUCGCGAGCUACCGCUAGCGCCAUCUGCCGUCGGGUAGCGGAACCGUCGCGGAUUCGUCGCCUACGACUAUCUCAGUUCCAACUCUACGAAAAGAAAAGUAACGUUCGACGUGAA